UUGAAAGUUUCAUACGAAGCACUCGCACAAACAUUCAUGCAUCUAAAAUGGCUGUUUCUGGUACUCGCCACUUUGAUUGAUGGAAAAGUAGCUUAUAUCAAUAACAACGAAGAAGCAGCAAUUAAAAGGGCUGUUGAGAAAGCUGUUCACAACCUGACAGACGAGGAGCUUAUGGUUCGAAAUGCGGUCAAAGAUGAGGGAUACGAAAUCUCUCCAUGGGGAAUUACAGUAAUAAUACGUGAGAAUUGUUAUUGGAGUAAAACAAUGCUUAAGUACCUAGAUGACAGAGAUGUCAAGUAUAAUCUUAUUGUGGCAAAGGAUAUGGACUCAAUGACGGACCUAUUGCAUACAAUGAGACACGUCAAAAGAAAGUUCCCAGCCGUAUAUGUCGAUGAUAUGUACGUUGGCGGAUAUGAGAAGGCACUGAACGACAGCAAUUUCAAUGAAUGGGUAAACAAUAAAGGUAUUGAGAAUGGCCUAGAAAAAGACAGCGUAGUUUAA